UCAUCAAUUUUAAUAACAUUGUAUGUAUUUUCAGUGUUAAAGAAUUUUGCAUGUCUAGCUGACAUACCCGGAAAGCCUGGAGUCGAGGAGCAGUGAGCAGCUAUUAGCCAAAAGGAAGAUUCCUUCCCCAGGUUCCUUAUGUUUCUUAUUUUUGUUCAAAUCUUUAAUUGAGGAAAUGGAAUUUCAAGUUCCUUUGCCAAUUAUUUUUGGUGUUAGUAACUUUUUGUAUUAUUGAAGGACCAGAGACUAGACAGAUCAAUAUUAUGUUUGGUCAGUGCAGGAAAUUUUUGAUAAUAUUAUAUCUUUUCCCAUCUAGGAAGAGGUUUCAUAUCUUUAGUUAUGGGUAUCCGUUUAGUUUGACUAAAUGGGACAUGUUUUAUAGAAAUUGUUUUCAUUGUUUUUUGCUGAUAACAUUGGUUGUGCAAUCCUAUCGGUCAACACAUGAUUUAUAUAUAUUUUUCUCAAAAUUCUUUUAAAAUGUUCCCUUUUCCCUUAAUUUUCCUUCUUAAUUUGAAAGAAUAGAACUGUAGCAGCUGUAUCCUUUGCAGAUUUGACAAUAAAUUUAACUAAAUUCUUGCAUUUCUAGAUCAUAUGAUUUAUUUGCUGUACUUGUUAGGUGAGAAGAUUGCAGGUAGAUCAACAUGUGGUACCUGUCUUGUUUGAAAUUAAUUAUUUGCAAGAAUUUAAUUCAACUUUUCUUUCAUGUCAUGUUACUGUUUGCAUGAUUUUAUUUCUUGCUCUAAAUUAUUUUUCUUUUAAAUAUCAAAAUUGUGCUACAAACUAUAAGCAUUUUACCCAUGAGAGUUGACUACUCAGUUAAACUGAAUUUUGUUUUAUAUUUUUAACUUUCCAAAAACUAAUAAAGAGAAGAAGAAAGUAAAAUGAGACUAAUGAAAAAGAAUUAGAAGAUGCCAACGGGAUACUUAAUAUUCGAUAAUUUAUGACAAAGAAAUCUUAGUUUUUGUGCAUUUAUAGUGUACUUAUUGAGAGAUCUGUCUGAACAUGCUUUCUUCCACUUUUCGUCGUGUUAGUCAUAUAGGAAAUAAACAGUUUUCCUUGUUAUUUGCAUAACGAGGUUAUAAGGAUAAGACACAGUAUAGAGUUAUGAUAGCACGCACAUCUGUCUUAUCCUGAUAGCUUAUAAUUGCAGUUUGAUGAUGCUAGUAUCAAGCUAAAUAAAUGCUUUUAUAUUUCGUGACACAAGCAGGUCAACUAGGUUUAGUAAGCUUUUCUGUUUUGGUAGUUUGGAAAACUCAUAUUUAAUGAGAUUUAAAUUCAUUUUGGACAACCUGCUGUCAUUAUCAAAUUUAGAUUUGCUUUUGAUAAUGGCAAAGUCAAAUUAUGAAAAGUCAAUUUUGGUAUGUAGUAGUAGCGUUUUAACUUGAGCAUCAUUAAUUUAUGGGGACAAAACUUCCCAAACCAAAUAAAUAUUAGUCUCUUCAUAACCCUUUUGUUUUUAGAGUAUCCAUUGAAAUACUUUGACCUCUAUGCAGAAUUUUUUUAGUAAAAUACUUAUUAGAUUGCAGGAGACAAACGAUAAAAUGUGUGCUGCAUUCAUUUUUGCAGUUUAUUUUCCCCGAUUUGACCGAGACUGAAACUAAAAUUUUUGAUUCGUCUCAUUUUAUUUGGUUACUUCGUACAUAUGUGAGAUAUAUACUUUAAUUCUGAAAUACCUAUUCGGUCCUCUUGGAUUAAAAAGGAGAAAUGGGAACACAAGCAUACUUAGAAGAAUGGGAUGGAGAUGAACAAAAUGAUGGCUUUGAUGCUAUUAUUGUAGGCUCUGGAUAUGGUGGCUCUGUUGCUGCUUGUCGAUUGUCAAUGGCAGGAAUAAAGGUCUGUUUAAUUGAGAAAGGCCAGAGAUGGGAAGCUAAGGAUUUCCCAACUAAUACUUUGCAGAUUAUGUCAUCUGCGAGGUUGGAGAACCGAAAUUUAGGCUUCGGUUUUGGCCGAAAAGAUGCUUUGUUUCAGGUUUAUCAACAAAAUGAUUCUCUAGCAGCCGUGGCUUGUGGGCUAGGUGGUGGUUCACUAGUCAAUGCAGGAGUUAUGCUGCCAACCCCAGUUCGUGCUAGAAGAAAUUCAAAAUGGCCCAAGGAAUGGGAAAAGGAUUGGGACAUUUGUGAAGCUUCUGCUGCAGCAAUGCUGAGAAUUCAAAGAAUUCCGGUCAAGUUUCCAAUUGCAGAAGUAAUGGAGAAAUUAUCUGAAGAAGAUAUUGAAGCAACUACUGACAGCUCAGUGAAGCUCAGCAUGAACUUUGAAGUUGAAGAAUCUCCUUCCAAUGCAGUCAAGCCUCGGCAGAUGAAUAGCUGCUUAGCCUGUGGUAAUUGCAUUGCUGGGUGUCCUUAUGAUGCCAAAAGUUCUACUGAUAAAAAUUACAUUCUUUCAGCAGUCCAGGCUGGGUGUACUGUAAUAACCAAGAGUCAAGUUAAGUAUGUAUAUGAGAACACACAUGAAAUUCUCCAGCAAGACAGAAUCAAAGGAAAAAGAAGACGAUGGUGUGUUUACUUAAAUGAGAUUGAUUGCAUAACCUCUGAUUUUGUCAUCUUAGCAGCCGGAGUUUUUGGUACAGCUGAAAUACUUUUCCAGUCACAAAAGAGAGGGUUGAAUCUUUCAGAAACUCUUGGAUCUGGGUUCAGCUGUAAUGGCAAUACUGUUGCUUAUCUUGCUGGAAGUCCUGCACCUUUAAAUGGUUAUGGACUGGACAAAGAACAAAUGCCAAAAAUACCUUUUCACAAGCGGCCGGGGCCAUCCAUCUCAUCAUCUUACACAUAUUCAAUGGGUUUCACAAUCCAGACAGCUAUUCUUCCAAGGGCUUAUCCUUUCUUACUGUUUAAAGGGAUUAUGACUUAUGGAUGGCCAAAUGGUUACUGGUUUUUUCAUGGGAUAAUUGACAAGCUAAAACAUGCUAUGGGUCUAAAAUCAACUCAAGCAAUUGUUCUCAAUGCAAUGGGAUAUGAUGAAAGUAAUGGGCAUAUUUUUUUAGACAAAGACACAGAAAAAAUCUGUUUUACACCACCCCACGAUCCUUUGCUCUCGCGAAAAAUAGAAGUGUUUCAAAAGCUUACCAAGAAAUUGGGUGGAAUCCUUUUUAUGUCUAGGUAUAGGAGCACAGCAGUUCAUCUAUUAGGCGGAUGCAAUGCAUCAACAGAUUCUUUACGCGGGGUUUGUAACCACAAUGGCCAGGUUUUUAACUCAAAAACACUUACGUCUGUUCACCCUGGCCUCUAUGUCUGCGAUGCUUCUUUAGUCCCAUGUUCUGUUGGCAUUAACCCAUCGCUUACCAUUGCAACAGUAGCUGAGCAUGUAAGUAGGAACCUCGUGCAUGAAAUUCUGGAGUACAGCAAGAAAGGUGUAAACUUUGACAUUUUGUCUGUUGAUCGAAAGAUUCAAAACCCUUGUUUAAUAACUGAGAAAAAUUUAGAUGAUGGUCGAAAUUCAUCUGUUCUGAUAAAAGAAACCAUGAGAGGCCAUGUAGGGGGUAUGCCAUGUACAGCUUACCUCAAAAUGGAAAUGAAUUCUAAGAACCAGAAAGGGCACAAGGAAUGGAACUUGCCAAGCAGAGGAUCUCAUCCUCUUCUGAGGGGAAAGGUUGGCGGGUAUGUGGUGAUUACAGCUAUCGAGAAGGACAAAUUGUGCAUAAUAGAUGGUGAGGUAAAUAUGUGUGCGGUUGACAGCAGAACUCCAUACACACAGUAUAUGCACUAUCAUCUUCUCCUUGCAGGUUCAUCUGGUUCAAAAUAUGUUCUCGAAUCAAGAAAGAUAUUGAAUCCAUAUCUUUUUGCAAUAAAUGCUUGGAAAGAGACAAGGACACUGCAUGUUACAUUUAAAAAACUUUCUGUGAACAGUAAAAGUGAUGCAAUGGUAACCUUAAGAGGAGAGCUUCAAGUUUCAUUUGUGGAGCUUCUGAAGAGCUCAAUAAGCCUCAAAGGAAACUGCUCAGCGAGAUUUAUCCAUAUUCUCCUGCAGACUUUUGUUAGAACUUAUAUCUUGCAAAGACCAAGAGGGAGUCACAUGGAUUUCAUCCCAACUGAUUCUUGCCAUGUACCUUAUCCAAGCAGCACUCUUCAUGAAAUAAAAUCAGGAGAUGGACUUAGCAUCAGUUGCAGGCAAUGGAUUCAACAUCCAUUGAAGCUUAAACUAGAGAAACAACUAAAUCCAGUUCUCCUUCUUAACGGUUAUUCCACUGAAAGCUACUGGCUUCCAACAGAACCUCAUGAUUUGGUCAGAACUUUACUGGAAGAAGGGCAUGAAGUAUGGCUACUGCAACCAAGACUGCAUCCCAUCAAUCCUGCAAACAUAUUCACUAUUGAAGAUAUCGGAAAAUUUGAUAUCCCAGCUGGCGUUAGUAAGAUCCUUGAAUUGAACGGCCCGAGCACUAAGAUACAUGUGGUUGCUCACUGUGCCGGAGGCCUAGCUAUUCAUAUGGCUAUUAUGGGAGGGCAUCUGUCUGCAACACAUAUAGCUUCUCUAUCAUGUACCAAUUCUUCAAUGUUCUUCAAGCUUACUACACUACCCAAAGUCAAAAUGUGGCUUCCUCUACUUCCUAAGCAAAUAAUAUACUGGAAGGGAUCAAAUGAAACUAAGGCGUAUCUCAAUUCUGAUUGCAGGUAUCAAUGGCUAUUCUAGGCAAAAAUAAGAUCCUACCGUUGCUGGAAACAACAAAGACAAGUUUCCGACACCGUCUCUUGAAACACAUUGCCUAUUACAUACCACGAUACGAGAGAUGCACCUGUAAGGAAUGUGAGAUCUUUUCCGGCAUA